AGAAGCAGCAGUAGCGCCGGCGGCUGGCUCAUCGGGGAGACAGACCAGUGGGUGCAGAAGGCAGCAAAGCUUUGGCACACCAUGCUCAGCUUACCCGGGGGGCACUGGCACCCGCGUCCUUAGUCCUACCCUGGCCCUUGGCGCAUUGCUCUCCUCCGCAUUCUGGCUGAGCGGAUUCAUCCGAGAUCCUAAACCUCCCAUCCCUGCUUGCUCACACUCCACACUCACACUUCCCACACCACACACUCACUCUCCCUCUUCUCAAUCAUUCAUACACUGCCUGAGACAGAGAGAGCGAGACAGACUAUCCAAGUGCAAAAACGCUGGAGAGGGAGGGAGCCCGACGCAAGGUGGCCAGCGCCUCUCCCAGAAGAUGGAAUCAAGACGCUCCUGCAAGUAAACUUUGAGACACAACCGUCUACCAUGCCAGCUGCUGAGGCAGACCCCAGCGACAUGCGACUGAGCUAGAAGGGCUUUCUCCUACGGCAGCAGCCCUUGGAACGACCCCAGCCCUAGACCCAGGGAGGAGGAGAAGCCCCCGGUAACCGCGGCAGCGGCCCCGCCUCUCCGGCCGGUACUGUUGUCGAUUCCCCUUUUCUCCUUCCCAUUUCCCACUUCCCCCUCGGGCCUUUGGGAAGACCAGUACUUUGAUUUUCUUGGACAAACUGCCAAAGCCCAGAUUUCACAAACUUGAUGUGGAGGGUCGGGCUAUGUUAGUAACUUUGAUUUCUGAGACCCAGACGCACGCAGUCCAACUGCUCUGUGGUGGGGACUCUGAACCCACCUCAGACCCUGGAGAGACGCAUUCCCCCCAAGCCUUCCAAAGCCAACCUCAGCUUGAGGAAGCGUGCUUUCAUCUCGGUUGCCUCUCUCCCCUCCCCCUUCCACUGCUGGCUCUGAUACUGCCACCGGGCUCUGCCAGAUACUCGGGCGCCUGAAGCGCUUGACAGAAACUCAAACUCCCGCCUGCGACCUCCCUUUCUUCCCAAUCGUUCUCUAAAAGGCCAGUGUAGCCCCCUCAGACCCCGAAGGACGCUUUUCAGGCGGGUCCCCUCCCCGCAGUAAUCUAGAAGCGCUGCGGCGAGGUCCUUGCGCAUGCCAGGUGCGCAGACAACGCACUAGCCAGCCUCAGCGCCCUUGCGCUGUGGCAGGCAGGGCAGAGCCUGGGAGGCUGCAUUCUCACUGUCUUCCGGGCCUUCGCCCCAAGUGCGGUUUGGACUCAGCUGCGAGUCAACCCGGCCACUCUGAGGCCGCCCGACCCGCAGCCCUGCGCUGCGGCAGCCAGUUGCGCCCGGUUAACUCUGAAGGGGGAACACUGAGUAGCCGGGCUGGAGGAAGGGGGCUCCGGGCUUCUCGGUGCUAUCUUGGCCCCCCGGAGCCCCCAGGCCCCCAGCGAGUCCCCGCUGAGUCCACUGAAACCUCAGCAUUGGAGCCGGCGCGGGUAUCCCCCCCGCGCCGCGGGGCCGCCCUGGGUGGGACUCUUCCCUUGGCCUCCGAGGCCCCAGGGCGCGAGCAACAGGCAGCUCGAGACAGCGGGAAGCUGGAGCGUCGGCGGCGGCGUCCUCGGAGGGGUGUGGAGAGGCGAGGCCAGGCAGAGCCCCGUGCAGCCAUGGAGUCUCUCCUGCUGCCGGUGCUGCUUCUGUUGGCCAUACUGUGGACGCAGGCAGCCGCCCUCAUUAACCUGAAGUACUCGGUAGAAGAGGAGCAGCGCUCCGGGACGGUGAUCGCCAACGUGGCCAAGGACGCCCGCGAAGCAGGCUUUGUGCUGGACCCACGGCAAGCCUCUGCUUUCCGUGUGGUGUCCAACUCAGCUCCGCAUCUGGUAGACAUCAAUCCCAGCUCGGGCCUGCUGGUCACCAAGCAGAAGAUCGACCGCGACCUGCUGUGCCGCCAGAGCCCCAAAUGCAUCAUCUCACUUGAGGUCAUGUCCAGCUCAAUGGAGAUAUGCGUGAUUAAAGUGGAGAUCAAGGACUUGAAUGACAAUGCGCCCAGCUUCCCCGCGGCGCAGAUAGAGCUGGAGAUCUCAGAGGCGGCCAGCCCUGGCACACGCAUCCCUCUGGAUAGCGCCUACGACCCGGAUUCGGGCAGUUUCGGCGUGCAGACAUACGAGCUCACACCUAAUGAGCUGUUCGGCCUGGAGAUCAAGACGCGAGGCGAUGGCUCACGCUUUGCUGAACUCGUGGUAGAGAAGAGCCUGGACCGUGAGACACAGUCGCACUACAGCUUUCGAAUCACUGCUCUUGACGGAGGCGACCCUCCGCACCUGGGCACUGUUGGCCUCAGCAUCAAGGUGACCGACUCCAAUGACAACAACCCAGUAUUUGGCGAGUCCACCUACGCGGUGAGUGUGCCAGAGAACUCACCUCCAAACACACCCGUCAUCCGCCUUAACGCCAGCGACCCAGAUGAGGGCACCAAUGGCCAGGUGGUCUACUCCUUCUAUGGCUACGUCAAUGACCGCACUCGUGAGCUCUUCCAGAUUGAUCCCCACAGUGGCCUCGUCACGGUCACUGGUGCCCUAGACUAUGAAGAGGGCCACGUGUAUGAACUGGACGUGCAGGCCAAGGACCUGGGGCCCAACUCUAUCCCAGCACACUGCAAGGUCACCGUCAGCGUUCUGGACACCAAUGACAACCCGCCGGUCAUCAACCUACUGUCUGUCAACAGUGAGCUGGUGGAGGUGAGCGAGAGCGCCCCCCCAGGUUAUGUGAUUGCAUUGGUGAGGGUGUCUGAUCGAGAUUCUGGCCUCAAUGCGCGCGUGCAGUGCCGUUUGCUGGGCAACGUGCCCUUUCGGCUGCAAGAGUACGAGAGCUUCUCUACUAUUCUAGUGGACGGACGGCUGGACCGAGAGCAGCAUGACCAGUACAACCUCACAAUACAGGCGCGCGAUGGCGGAGUGCCCAUGCUGCAGAGUGCCAAGUCCUUUACUGUGCGCAUCACCGAUGAGAACGACAACCACCCGCAUUUCUCCAAGCCCUAUUACCAGGUAAUUGUGCAGGAGAACAACACGCCCGGCGCCUAUCUUCUCUCUGUUUCUGCCCGAGAUCCCGAUUUGGGUCUCAAUGGCAGUGUCUCCUACCAGAUAGUGCCAUCACAGGUACGGGACAUGCCUGUCUUCACCUACGUCUCUAUCAACCCCAACUCUGGCGACAUCUAUGCGUUGCGGUCCUUCAACCACGAGCAAACCAAGGCAUUCGAAUUCAAGGUUCUGGCCAAGGACGGCGGUCUGCCCUCCCUGCAGAGCAACGCCACAGUUCGGGUCAUCAUUCUGGACGUCAAUGACAAUACCCCAGUCAUCACAGCCCCACCACUGAUCAAUGGCACUGCUGAAGUAUACAUCCCCCGCAACUCCGGCAUAGGCUAUCUGGUGACUGUCCUCAAAGCAGACGACUAUGACGAGGGCGAGAACGGCCGGGUCACCUACGACAUGACCGAAGGAGAUCGCGGCUUCUUUGAAAUAGACCAGGUCAACGGGGAGGUCAGAACCACUCGCACCUUCAGCGAGAGCUCCAAAGCUUCCUAUGAACUUAUCGUGGUGGCCCACGAUCACGGCAAGACGUCUCUGUCAGCCUCUGCGCUCAUCCUAAUCUACCUGUCCCCUGCUCUGGAUGCUCAGGAGUCAAUGAGCUCAGUGAACUUGUCCUUGAUUUUCAUUAUUGCCCUGGGCUCAAUUGCGGGCAUCCUCUUUAUCACUAUGAUCUUCGUGGCAAUCAAGUGCAAACGAGACAACAAAGAGAUCCGGACCUACAACUGCAGGAUUGCUGAGUACUCCUAUGGGCAUCAAAAGAAAUCAAGCAAGAAGAAAAAAAUCAGUAAGAAUGACAUCCGUCUGGUACCUCGGGAUGUGGAGGAGACAGACAAGAUGAACGUUGUCAGUUGCUCCUCUCUGACUUCUUCCCUCAACUAUUUCGACUACCACCAGCAGACGCUGCCCCUGGGCUGCCGCCGCUCUGAGAGCACUUUCCUGAACAUGGAGAACCAGAAUACCCGCAAUACCAGCGCCAGCCACAUCUAUCACCACUCUUUCAACAGCCAGGGCCCCCAGCAACCAGACCUGAUAAUAAAUGGUGUGCCUCUGCCUGAGACUGAAAACUAUUCUUUUGACUCCAACUAUGUGAACAGCCGAGCCCAUUUAAUCAAAAGCAGCUCCACCUUCAAGGACUUAGAGGGCAACAGUCUGAAGGAUAGUGGACAUGAGGAAAGUGACCAGACUGACAGUGAGCAUGAUGUCCAGCGGAGCCUGUAUUGUGAUACUGCUGUCAAUGAUGUGCUGAACACCAGUGUGACCUCCAUGGGAUCUCAGAUACCUGACCAUGAUCAGAAUGAAGGAUUUCACUGCAGGGAAGAUUGCCGGAUUCUUGGCCACUCUGACAGGUGCUGGAUGCCCCGGAACCCCCUGCCUACUCACUCCAAGUCUCCUGAGAAUGUAGGGAACAUCAUCGCUCUGUCCAUUGAAGCUACUGCUGCUGAUGUUGAGGCUUAUGACGGCUGCGGCCCCACAAAGCGGACUUUUGCAACCUUUGGAAAAGAUGUUGGUGACCACCCAGCUGAGGAGAGGCCCACCCUGAAAGGCAGGAAGACUGCUGAUGUGACCAUCUGCAGCCCUAAAGUCAAUGGUGCUAUCCGAGAAGCAGGCAAUGGCUGUGAGGCUAUUAGCCCUGUCACCUCCCCUCUGCACUUCCAGGGCCCUCUGCCCAUCAAGCCUUCUGUGUCUUACACAAUUGCCCUGGCACCACCUGCCCGUGAUCUGGAACAGUAUGUUACCAAUGUCAACAAUGGCCCUUCUCGUCCUUCUGAAGCUGAGCCUCGUGGAGCUGACAGUGAUAAAGUCAUGCAUGAAGUCAACCCGAUUCUGAAGGAGGAUUGCAACAAAGAGUCUCCUGGCAUGAAGCAUUUGAAGGACAUCAUUCUCUAAACAAGUCUUGGGAAAGAAGAGAGAGAAAUCAUGCAGGCUAAUGAAGAAGUAGGAGCUGAUUAUUUUCACUGUUCAUCAGUGGUUGGUUCUUGAGUGGCUGUGUUUCAGAGCUUUCCCUAAAUGUAUUGUUUAUAAAUUACUAUCAUUUUGUGACAAUCCCUCUUAUUUCAACAGGGGUGUUCAGUUGGAGCAAAUUAGCUUUGGCUUGAGUUGUUCAUGGGGCCUUGAUAUUGGGGAAACAGAGACAAAAUCAGUUGUGAAAAGUAUUAUGUAUUAAGUGUUUGAAUUUAUAUAUUUUUCUAUGUCAAAAUUAUAAUAUAAAUUACCACUAUUUGUGGAGGAUUACAUUAAAAAAAUUUUUAAACUCUAGACAUUUUUAAUAAGCUCACCACUGUUUUGUAGUAUAGGCAAAUUAAUAGUCAUUUAUUGUGUACUAUUCAUUGAUUCAGUGAUGUGAAAUUGAGCCCCCAAAAGGUUGUUUCUGAACUCGAGUACUUUCCAAUGCUGCUACUUUGCUGCAGACACCCCUGCUUUAAGAACCCUUUCACUAGCUGUGCUAUUGUUUAUUUGAUAUUGCAAAUUGCCAUGUGUGUGGUGAUGACAAAAGGCUUUUAGAGGUUGGUGGGUUUUUUCCUUAAAAAAAAAGAUAAAACUAUAAACAAAAACAAAGUGCAAACAACUGAGAUGGCAACUGAAUGAGCAACACCACACAUAUAGGUGAGUACUUUGUGGAUGCUCUUGGAAGGUACCCAUGGAGUGAUUGCUCGCAUCUUAUAGAGUAUUUUGCCUGCCUUUCAGUCUUCUGCCCAGAUCUGUGAUAGAUCAUUGCAGAAAGUCAUUUUUGGAUAUUCUGCUGUCUUAUUUGCAGUUGUCAGAAAUACUGUGCUGAAAGUUUGAUGAGAUCAAUUUUUCUAAUUUUCAGGUCCUGAGCAGUAAAGUUGCUCCUGUAGUUAUCAUUUUCUAGGCUUAGAAAUUCCAUUUUACAUCAUCUAAAACUCAAAAAGACUGAAUCUGUUUUGAGAUAUAAAUUAGUGUCUCUUUAAACACACAUUUCCUGAUUCUGUGUUUCCCAAUCACAACUAGAAUUAUACUAGAAAGCAUGUCAUGGGCUAGAAUUGAGAAUUCCAUUUUGCUCUGUAUUGUAGGAUUAUAAUUUGGGAUAGUGUAAGCAGUACAAAAUGUACUUUUAGGGAAAGGCAGGUAACAGCAUCACCAACCCAAUUACUGUGCCUUCUAUAUGGAGACACUAGGACACUUGAACUCAUCUUUUUUGUGAUUAAUCUUUUUUUAAUAUUAAAAAUGUGAACAGGAAACUAUUAAAGUAGAAAUUCUUUAGAUUUAGCUAACUCUUUGCUGUAGGCUAGGAAUGUAACUUUUUAUUAACAAGUUUGUUAUGCACAUUUUUGUUUGUUUAACAUUCCUCCAACUCCACCAUUUAUUAACUGUCUAUUAAUAUUAACUAGCCAACAUAGUAUUCUUGCAGCCUAAGAGUUCAUUAUUUUAAAAAUAAACAAAUGUGUCAUCUUUGCUCUGCCUUGGUUUUAAAAGAGUUGUUUGUAGAGAAACAAACUUUGUGGUUCUGUUCUUAUUUGUUUCAUUUUUUCAAAUUCAAGAGUACCCAGAAAAAAAAGACUUAAAGGUCAGAACACUAGAAUGCAAAGGAGAAUUUAUUUUCUUAGGUUUAGGUAGAUAAGUCAGCUUUUAAAUGUUUUAGUUAUUUUUGCCUGAGUUCCUGGCAUUUUACAUUACUAGGAAUAUUUUCUUUUAUGGGAAGAGGGUUUUGAGGGAGUGGUGGGUAAAGUAGUGGGAAUGGAAUUAGGUAGGGGAGAAUAUUUCUGAAAAAGAACCUAUAAUGAAGCUACAAAUUCAUGUUUAUUUCUUAUUCAGUGCUGAAUACUACCUCAUGCAAAAUACUGGUGUGGCUGCAGAUUUCCCUCCUAAACUGAAACAAUUAAAGAUCGAUUACCAUAGCAUCUUUAUUUUGGCUUACUUUAUUCCUCCCAUACACUCUUUUUCCCCUUUGAUACACUCCAUUUUAGUAGUUAGCAGAUUUUGAAGUAGGUGUGUAUUUCUGUUUGCAAAUGACUAUUUGAUUCACACAUUAAAAUAAAUUAUUUUUCACUUUAAGAAAUGAAGACUGCCUAUAGAAUUUAGACUGUUCCUCAUUUGACCCAUUCUGAUAUUAUGUUGUUAGCUACCACCUCAAGGUCACCUUCAAGUCAAAUUUAACUUUUUAUACAGCUGUAUUUCUUACUAUGCUCAGCGGGAAUAAAGGAGCUGAAAAGAUGUGGCAAGUAGGGACAUUAAAUGUUAUGUGGCUGUUGAGCCAGAGGGGCCACUGGUUACCAUGUCUCUUAAAAGCCAAGUUUAAAAUGUUUACAGUAGCAGUGGCAUUGAUUUUACUUUUUUGUUGUUAUUUUUAUCCACCAUUUUUUCCAGAAUUCAGUAUCCAGGUAUAGACCAAUUCUUUUUCCCUAUCAAAAUAUUUUGUUCUCAGUGGGCAGUCAGACUUUUUUGUGUUCCAUACCCUUUAUUGAUCGUGUUCAGAUAAUUUCCCAUAUUAAGAAAAUAUGUCUUCCCCCUACAAUUGUCUGAUGUAUACAUACCCACAGAAGCACUAGUGCAUCUUAAGAUAGUUCUGUAAUCUGGUUUUACAGGCACGCUGUGCCUUCAAAUAGAAAUUUUGUGCAAGGAUCUUAAAUUUACCUUUGGCUCAUAUUUGUCAACACUUCUUUCCAACAUGUCUGAUGAAAGCCACAAAGGCCAGAGGGCCAAAUAUUCUUCCUUUUCCCUCUCUAAAUGUUACACAAUUAAACAUGAGUUAGCAAUUUUAGUUUCUAAAUCAUAAGGAGUUCUGUCUCAUUUAUUCUGAUGUCCCUUUUGGGGAGGAGUUAGUGUGGAGGAAGAUUUGUUUUAGUAACAACUGUUUUGGGCAUGUCCCUGGGCAGGUAAACUUCAUGGAAUAUAAAGGGUUUAGUUCACUUUAAUUGAUUGCUUUUCCCCAACUAUGGCAAUAUACUACAUACAAGGAAUAGGAAGAGGGGAGCCAUGCUAUGUGGAGUCUUUUUCCUUUUUUUCUAUACUGAUAAUUCUUUGAACAUGUUCAGAAUGAAACUUACUAUCCUUUUGAUCUUCUUAAAGCCAAGAGUAAAUUAUGGCCCCUUAUAGCCUAAGUAGGUAAUUGGCCAAGGGAUCCUCUAGUUCCUGAAGGAUAGUGGUUUUCAAAGUGUGGUCUCUGGACCAAAAGUAACAGCAUCACUUGGGAACUUGUUAGAAAUUAUCAUUCUCAGUUCUCACCCAGACUAACUGGAACAGAGACUUUGUGAGUAGUGCUUAACAAUGCAUAUGGAUCAAGUAUCCACUAAAGGUUGGAGGCUUGUUAAAGCACAGGUUGAUGACUCCACACUUAGAGUUUCUGAUUCAGUAAGUCUGGGGUGGUGCCUGAGUCUUUGCCUAUUUAAAAAUUGCCAGAUGAUGCUGAUGCAGCUAGUCUAUGGACCACACUUUGAAUAUCACUGUUCCAGGGUAAACCUAUCUAAUAGAGCUAAUUGCAUAUAAAGGGCUUAUUCAAAGAAAUUCAUUGGCAUGUUGAGCCACUGAUCACUAAUCAAAAAUGUUAAAGGAAUACAACUUAGAACACUGAAAACUGGAACCACCCAUAGUAUCAUCCUGGUAGUGUUACUUCUGCAUACAACUAAUUGUAUGAAGGGAAUUCAGUUGAACUUUUCAUAUAGCUCUAUCAUAUAAAUAAGCAAAGCAGAAGUGGUCCACUUAAAGCAACAAGGACAAAGGGAAGUUUUGGGAGAGGCAGGGGUAUAGGGCAUAGUUCGACUGGGCAUCCAGGAUGGGAACGUGAUUAUUAUUGUAUAUAAUAGAAGUUCUGACUGAAAUUCCAUUUCCUUUAUGGAGAUCAUUUUGAUGUUGAAUAUUACCCAAAGCAUCUUGACAAGUCUGGUCCACUUGGCUCUUUACCUAGGGUAAUAAGACCCUAACUGACUUUGAAAACCAGGCAUAAAUGAGCUCCAGAAGUCCAUUGUAUACAGUCUUAGUGUUUGCCUUCUUGGUAAAAUUACAUUUAAGGAUGUCAUUUCAUGAGUCAAAUUGUAUCUGCUGACACUGAAGUGUAUUGAAAUGUUUUUAGUUUAAGUAUGUAACAAAGUAAUAUUCAAAGGGGAUGUGUGGGGGUGGGACUGGGUGGCUUUUUAUUGAUAAUUAAAUAUUACAGAGCAAAACAUGUUGUCCUAAUGAAGUUGUUGCAGCUCUCUUUGUUUUCUUGUGAGGCUGGAAUUGGCCUGUGGGUCACUUGUUGUGUGAACAUGGAUUGAUUUCAAAUAGAACUCAUAUUGCUUUUGUAAAACAAACAAAUCAACCACCUUGUCUGAAACAUAUAUUGUGAGGUGCUCUUGGUAAAGAACAACCCACAAAAACCUGAUCUUGAUUGGAAAGCACUGUAGGUCAUUAGGGAAAACUGAUGAUGCUGAUUAUUGCUCCAGCUGUGUUGGCAAUUAAAGAUAACCUUGCUACUAACUAAAAGUUGU